UAAGGAGGCCUUUCCCUUUACUCCCUAGAGUAGCUUAAGUGGAAAUAUUCAAUUGCAGAUGAGGGAAGAGGUAUUUUGGAAAUAAAAAGUCAUAAAAGUAUUUUAGAUGAGGCUUUUUCAUUUGAUAGUCAGUAGUUGUCUCUGAGUGCUCUUGAGUCUGAACAAAUGCUGUUCAGCAUUCACUGGAAAAGUGUCACAAAGAUUGAAACACAGUGGGAGAAAUGUUACCUGCUAGUGCCUUUUCUUACUGAGGCUGCUCAGCAAAGUAUUGUUUCCAUUUUAUGCUCCCCAUAAAGUUUUCACAGUUCCUGCAUUUUGUGGUGUUAAAGGUGGAUAUAUUUUUUCACUUCAGGUAUUUUAGGUACUUGCAGAGAUUGGCCACACCACAGUGAUACAGGUCUGCUGUGGCUCAUGCAAUCUUGUGGUUUUGCAUGACUGCCUUGUGUUGAAUAAUGGUUCACAAAUACCACACUGCCUUUCAGUGCAGCCUGGCACUAAUGCUGGAAAUAUUUACAGCUGUUAAUAAUUUUUCUAACAACAAUUUCAAGUUAGUUUUGCAUGUAAGGCUUGCAAGUUUUUUAUUUAAUUUUUCUAUUCUCAAUACAAAAUGAAACAGGCAGAGAUAUACGUUUGCCCCUCAGUGCUAACUAACUACUGCAAGCAUUUGCAGCUGAAAGAGCAAUGCUGCCUUUGGUCUCACCAAAGGGGAAUAGCACUAUUAUCAUGGUCACAUUUUAAGUUGGUAUCAGUAUGUUGCAUAAGUAGUUUUUGUAAGGUUGCACAAGGAGAGGAAUAGAGACCUUCACAAUCUUUUUGAUUUCACAUAGUUAUUAUCAAAGAUUACGGUGAAUAUGCUAAGUGGUUAUAUUAGAAGUAACUUAAAAUGGAUUUACAGGUCUUUUUAAAACAGAUAUAUUUCUUUUGUGUCUUUCAGAGUAUCUGCAAACUAGUGUCAAAGGUUUAAUUGCUGUUUACUUUUGUUAGUCCUCAGGCCAGCAGAGUUUCUUCUUGUAAAGGAACUACAAUUGAUUACUUGCAGAUUGCUAAAUGCAAUGGGAUUACACAGGUAUUUUUGAAGGUCUGGUUGAGUUAGCUACAACUCAGUACUGUGUGAGAAAGACCCUAAUUUCAGAAUUGAGACUGAGUUAGUAGCACCUGGAACAAGACAAAGACAAAACCAGCAUACUUUUAAAGCUUAAGUCAUUCAAUGAGACAUCCUUAAAAGGGAGUGUUGAUUGACCUUUUCUAUUAGUUUGUAAGUGUAAAGAACCCUUUUUUUUUGUUCUCUUCCCCUUUUCAGGUAGGAAAGUCUGGGUGGAGCAGGAGUUAUCCUUUAAUGAGUAAACUUUGGAAAACAAAGUUAAUAAUUAUACUGCUGUGGCUACUGUGUUUCUCACAUAGAUCUGUGGCUUACAUGCUUCUCUCUAAUGUAUUCCAGUCAUUUUGAUAAUAUCAAAAAUGAUAGUGUUAAAAAUACAUCCUGGAAGUAGUUGCUUGAAGUACCAGCUCUUACUUCUUUCUUUAUAGUUGUUGAUUAACAGGACAUAUUUUCUCCAGUCAGUGAACGAUCUAUUACUCCACACAGAACUCCUUUUCUAGCUCUCUGUGUUCUGCUGUGGAAGAUAUUUGAUGUUUUCCAAGUCACUGUGGCAGAACUCGGUAUAGCUACAUAAAGUGUGUAGGCCUGCCUCUCUAGUGUGACUGGUGAUCUUAAUGGUUUCAGCAUACCUGAUUUGAAACACUUGGAAAUGGAGACCAAUUUUAAAGAUGUGUAAUUUUUUUAGAAAUUAGGCUCUUUUUCUGUUCUGUCUGUAUUGGCAACUGUAAUAUAAAUUUUUAUUACACAGACACAUUUUCACAACAAUUCUAAUGGAGACUUUGAAGCUUGAAUUUCAUUUAGUCUUAAUUAUUAUUCAAAGAAAAGAAGAUCAGUGCUGACAAAGAAAGGAAACCUUCCUUUGAGAUGACAUUCAGAAACAUUUUGCAGCCCUGUCAGUUAGAAAGUUUCAUCGUCUAUGGUUAGAACUGUGGCAAGGUAAUAAUUUACUAGAGUUUACUUAAUUGAAACAAAAUCACUGGAGGGAAGAGGAGAGGCUCUUAUCUUUUAAAAUUGCUUAGUGAUGUGUAGAAGCUCAUUCCUAGAAUCUGUAAGGUUUUUCAGGUCACUUAUUUAUUAUGCAGAGAUGUUUUUUGCUUCACGAAGCUUCUGUUGCCGUGGCACUAGAACAUGCCAGCUACGAACAGAUUUGCUUUCCAGAUCCAUCAAACAUUCAGCCUCUGCAACAAUGGCCUUCAGACACAAAAACACAAGACGAAUUGAAGGCCUUGAUAGCAAUGUGUGGGUUGAAUUUACAAAAGUGGCAGCAGAUCCCUCUAUCGUUAAUCUCGGUCAAGGCCUUCCUGAUAUAUCCCCUCCCAGCUAUGUGAAAGAGGAGCUGGCAAAGGCAGCAGCAGUUGACAGAUUGAACCAGUACACACGAGGCUUUGGACAUCCAUCGCUGGUGAAAGCCUUGUCUCAAGUGUACGAGAGAGUUUGUGGAAGAAAGAUUGAUCCUCUCACAGAUAUCCUGGUGACGGUGGGAGCUUAUGGAUCUCUGUUUAGUACAAUACAGGCAUUAAUAGAAGAGGGAGAUGAAGUAAUAAUAAUAGAGCCAUUUUAUGACUGUUAUGAGCCAAUGGUAAGGAUGGCGGGUGCAAAGCCUGUUUUUAUCUCACUGAGAUGUAAAAAUAAUGGAAACUCUGCAUCUAGUGCUGAUUGGGUCUUGGAUCCUGCUGAACUUGCAAAUAAAUUUAAUUCCAAAACAAAAGCAAUUAUUCUGAAUACCCCACACAACCCUAUAGGCAAGGUGUUUACCCAGGAAGAACUUCAAGUAAUAGCUGAUCUGUGUAUUAAACAUGAUACCCUGUGCAUCAGCGAUGAGGUGUAUGAAUGGCUGGUGUAUAAAGGGAAUAAACACAUUAAAAUAGCUACCUUGCCAGGGAUGUGGGAAAGAACAGUAACUAUAGGAAGUGCUGGGAAAACUUACAGUGUAACUGGCUGGAAGCUUGGAUGGUCCAUUGGCCCUGAAAACCUGAUAAGGCAUUUGCAAGUUGUUCACCAAAAUACACUGUAUACUUGCCCAACUCCAUUACAGGAGGCUUUGGCACAAGCAUUUUGGAUAGACUAUAAGCGCAUGGAUGACCCAGACUGCUAUUUUUACUCACUGUCUCGAGAGCUGGAAAGCAAGCGUGAUCGGAUGGCUCGACUACUUAAAGAAGCUGGACUAAAGCCUGUCAUUCCAGAUGGAGGAUACUUUAUGAUUGUUGAUGUUUCCACAUUAAAUGUGGAUCUCUCUGGUGUAGAUGAGAAACAACCUUAUGAUUAUAAAUUUGUCAGAUGGAUGAUAGCAUCUAAGAAGUUGUCAGCAAUUCCUCUUUCAGCAUUCUGUGGUCCUGAAACAAAGAAACAGUUUGAAAAAUAUAUACGUUUUUGCUUCAUUAAGGUAAAUUUAUGUCCUGAAAAUCAAUGCAGUGCAGAAAUCUGCAAAAGACUGACUGUAACGUUUUUCCCAGGAUCUCUUGAGUUGAAUGUUUUUAGGAACAGAAAGUUAGCUUGAUGUAAAAUUCAGCACAAAGUAGCUUCAACUGUCUUUUUGCUGUGGGACGUUACACCAUGAAUGUGGGUGGCAUGGCUAAGAAGGGGAACUGGCAGAAAGCAACUGGAUGGGUAACCAUUUUGUAUCUUACUAUAUUGAUUUUUAAAAACAUUCUUGACCAGUGGUGACAGUGAAAAUUAAUGAGAUGGGUAAACUAUCGACGUGAUUUCUAUAAUCCAGAGCAGAGACUAACUGUACAGCAGAGUGGUAUGCCUCAUGCCCAUGCAGUGUCCAACAGAAAAACAGUAAAGAAGUCACCUUCAAGUUGAGCUCACUUGCUUGAAAAUACUCAGGGUUUCACACAAGCUCCAAAUUACAAAAGAAAACAUGUUUUUUUGUGAAUUAGCUAAUUUUUGCCAUUUUGUGAACACCUCCUUUAUAUAUUUUCUUUGCCCUGUUGAGUCUGUUCUUGAAAAGACUGAAAGACUUUGGGGACAGGUAGGUAAGCUUUGAUAAGUCCAAAGCCCUGAGAUGUUUCCCAGUUGUUCUGUAGCAGAGUCAGCAUAAUGGAACAUGUGCAAAUCCUUAACUGUUCUGUGUAAAGAUCAGAGCUUUAGCCUGAACUAGAAAUGAAGGGGAGUUUCCCCUUGUGUUGCUUAGUUCUUUUGAUGAGGUGUAAAGUCUUUGGUAUAAACUCAGCCACUAACAACCAGGAUGAAACUUGCUGCUUGUAAAUGUGGCUUGUCUGCAAUGAGCAGCACUAAUCAUUUUGGACUAAUCAAGUUGGACAACCUGUAUGACUCACCAGGUUGUAGCCAAGCCACACAAAUGGCUAAUGGAUAGAUUACCCAUAUUUGGGGGGAUUAUUUUUAAGUGGUUCACAGCAUAACAUGGUUGCAUGGAGAUUAAAAAAUCCCAACUGCACACAUAGGGAUUAGGAAGGUAUAGAGAGACAAGCUAGCAUGUCUCCAAAACAGAGCUGCCAAGUUACAUCACUGCAUUAAUGCCAAGCAUUUAUAUAAGUAUUGCUUUCAUUAAAUGUGAUAGUAUAAAUGCUGAGAAAAUGUGUUAUCUUUUAAAUAUAUAUAAUAAAUAUUUUCAAGGAAUCAGCACUGAA